AUGAGACGCUUAUUUUUAUUCAUCUUCUUAUUCAAUCAAGUUCUCAAUAUAGCGCUCGAUGUGAAGCCAAAUGGACACAAGUUGAACAAAUCUGGACUCAUGCACAAACUCAUGGACACGUUCAACGACGUGUCAAACCCAUCGAAAGCCGAUAUCAACUGCGGACUUUGCACUGUUCUCGUCGACGGACUUCAACAAGGAAUCAAGAGCAAUAAAACCGAUCAAGAGCUUUUUCAAUUUGUUGAAGACUUCUGUGUGAAUCUAAAAAUCGAAGAGCCACAUAUAUGCAAAGCCGUCGUCCCACAAUUUGGGCCUGAGAUCAUUUUUGUGCUCACAAAAAGCAAGCAUGAUGUUGAUGAUAUUUGCGGGUCGUUGAUUAAAGGUUGUGGGAAUCCGGACAAUCCGAAAACCCAACUCUGGUCGAUGACCAUUCCGGGAAACAAGCCAGCCGUCAAACCGUGGCCCACUGUUGCGAAUGGUGGACAAACCCUACGAGUCCUUCACCUAUCCGACAUUCACAUCGAUCGCUUGUACACUCCAGGAAAAGAAUCCAAUUGCACUCAUGGUGGAGGAGUUGCAAAUCCAAUGUGUUGUCGACCUUAUCCAGAUGAUGAUCUACAAAAACCAAUUCAAAUCCCGGCCGGUCCUUGGGGAAUGAAUGAGAAUUGUGAUAUUCCUUUCCAAACUUUCGCUAACGCUAUGAAACAUAUCAGUGAGACACAGAAACUUGAUUACAUUAUUGUCACUGGAGAUAUGGAAGCUCACGAUAUUUGGGACUACACUAAAGAUAAAACAAUUGCAAAUAUUGACAAUAUCACAGCGGUUUUGACGAGUUUCUUCCCAACUGUUCCCAUUUAUCAAGCAACUGGGAAUCAUGAAGGAGUGCCAAUGGAUGGAAUGCCACCACACACGAUGGAGGAAUACGACAGUCACAGUCCACAAUGGUUGUACAACGAGUAUGCAAAGAUUUGGGGAGUUCACCUCACACAACAAGCCAUCUCCGAUAUUCAAUAUCGUGCUUCGUACUCCGUCUACAUCCAGAAGAAUCUUCGUCUUAUCUCGUUGAACACUGUUUACUGUUCUGAAUGGAAUUUCUUCUUGUUGCUUGAUGUUGUUGAUCCUGACGGAACUUUGGAGUGGCUCACCGAGCAACUUUUAGACGCUGAACAGAAAAACGAGAAGGUCCACAUCAUUUCUCACAUUCCGGCUGGUGACGAUUAUUGUUUGAAAGGAUGGUCUUUCAACUUUUAUGACAUCGUGAAUCGCUUUGAGGGCACGAUCGCUGCGAUGUUCUAUGGGCACACGCACAAAGAUGACUUCAACGUAUUCUACGAGAACGGUGAUCCGACUGGUCGACCCACUCAUUUCACUUGGAUUGCUCCCUCGCUCACCACUUAUUCAUAUCUCAAUCCAGCCUAUCGAAUUUAUACAAUUGACGGAGCGUACACUGGGAGCUCAUAUACGGUUCUCGAGGCGGAAACUUAUUGGGCUGAUGUAGCUGCAGCGAAUCAGAACGGACAAGAGCCGAAUUGGCAACUCGAAUACAAAACAAAGCAAGACUAUCAAAUGACGGAUCUCUCACCGAAGAGCUGGAAUGAAUUGAUUAAACGAUUGGAGACUGAUGACACUUUGUUCAACAAAUUCCAUACUAAUUACUAUCGAAAUCCGAAUCAAGCCAAGAAUUGCUACAAAGAGCCAGAGUGUCGGAAGCAAUUCAUCUGUCGUGUGAGAAGCGCUCGUUCGUAUGAUGAAACGAAUUUCUGCAAA